GCAAGUAGUGCUCCACACAUGCGCUGCGGCGACUGCUCCGAGUGGUCGGCUGAUCGCGUCCUUAGUAAACUACAGCUGACGUCAGCAUCGCAUCGUCUAUUCCAGUUUCGCAGAUCAUAAAAAUGGUAACAGAAAGUGAUUCAGUCGUGUGAGAUAUUCCGUGGCGGCGAGUCACCCGGCGCUCUUGUCUGAUACCGCGUUUCGAGCGUGGUUGGCGCGUGUAUUUUACCCACGUGCGUCGCGUUUACCGGUGUUAGCGAUUGAUUUUUUUGCGGAAUGGGUGAAGAAUCUCAGGCCAGCGAUGGCAAAGUGGUUUUAAAACGUAAAAUAACAUUGUUUAAUGGAGUUGGAAUUAUUAUCGGGACUAUUAUUGGUUCCGGAAUAUUUAUAUCUCCGACUGGAGUUUUCUUAUACACUAGAUCUGUGGGCGCAUCACUACUAAUAUGGCUGGCAAGUGGGCUCCUGUCUACUUUGGGGGCCCUUUGCUAUGCAGAGCUAGGGACCUCCAUAACAAGAUCUGGAGGUGACUACGCGUACAUCUACACGGCUUUUGGGCCCCUACCUGCCUUCCUGCGUAUGUGGAUAGCCCUGCUCAUCAUCAGACCGACGACACAGGCUAUCGUGGCCCUGACCUUCGGGAACUAUGUGGUGAAGCCUUUCUUCCCUGAAUGUAACCCACCUGAAUUGGCUGUGAAGCUUCUUGCUGCUGUUUGUUUAUGUAUCCUAACGGCUGUGAACUGCAUCAGCGUGCGAUGGACGAUGAGGAUACAAGAUGUGUUCACCUCAUCCAAGUUACUGGCGUUGGUCGUCAUCAUCAUCUCUGGCAUCUACUACAUCUGUAUCGGUCAUACAGAAAAUUUCGAAGGAGCUUUUGAGGGGGAAUACAGCGCCGGGAACAUAGCCCUUGCCUUCUACUCGGGACUGUUCGCGUUCGGAGGGUGGAACUACCUCAACUUCGUCACUGAGGAACUACAAGAUCCAUACAAGAAUUUGCCCCGGGCGAUAUGGAUCGCUAUGCCGAUGGUGACUAUUAUCUACGUGAUGGCAAACUUGGCCUACUUCGCCGUCGUCACCAAACCUGAGAUGAUUGUAAACUCUGCGGUAGCUGCGGUGUUUGGAGACCGAUUAUUCGCUGGCUGGAGCUGGAUGAUCCCUGUAUUCGUAGCGCUCUCUACUUUCGGAGGGGUCAACGGUGUUUUGUUCACAUCCGCAAGACUGUUCGCGACCGGUGCACAAGAGGGACACAUGCCUGCUUUCUUCUCACUUUUCCACAUAGAAAAGCAGACGCCUAUACCUUCCCUUAUGUUCACUUGUUUCUUCUCUCUCCUGAUGUUGACGACGAGCAAUGUGUUUGAUCUCAUCAACUACUUCUCGCAAACGUUGUGGCUGUCCGUGGGCGCUUCGGUCGUCGGAAUGCUGUGGCUGCGUCGCACUAAGCCGGAUAUUCCUCGGCCGAUCAAAGUUAAUAUCAUCAUUCCAUACUUGUUCCUAAUCGCCAUUGGGUGCCUAGUCUUCAUCCCUGCAAUCACCAGGCCCAAAGACACAGCCAUUGGUAUCGCCAUCCUCCUCUCCGGGAUUCCUGUUUACUACCUCUGUGUCAAGUGGAAGAGCAAGCCUGACAUGUACAACUCUAUCUCCGGCUGUUUCCUAAGGUUCCUACAGAAACUUUGCUCAUGUAUUUACGUAGAAUCCAAUGAAAAGAUGUCGAAUUGAAACACCUGAUAGUACCAAAUUGGAUUUAGAUCGAAAUGUCGAAAAUGUUGCGUUAUACAUUUUUGACGAGUGUAUCAAAUAAAUAAAUCAUGUUUAGUUAUUAAAAUGUAAAGGACCAAUCGUAUAGGUACCUAAUGUCAACAGCAUUGUUUCGAAAUAGUUCUUGUUUACGUGUUAGGUACUGUGAUAAAUAUUGUAUACGUUUGCGAGCGUAUCAUAAAUUGGUCUGUUAUACAAAAAUAUUUAUUAAAUCUUUGUAUACUUACCUUUGCUGUUGCUUAGCGCUUGUUUUCGAUAUAAUGAAUACUCGUACGAUAAAACAAUGUUAAAAAGGAUAAACUGAUAUGUCUAAGCAGAACGCAGUAACAAUUAGAAAGGGUAAGAAAGAAAUAUCAGAAUACACAUUAUUAUGAAUAUUGAACCAACUCAGUAUUCAUAAACGAUGGUCAUCAAAUCUGUUGUUCACGUGAAUCUUAAUUUUACUGUAUUGUGUGGAAAGGAGGUAAUUUUGAAAUACAUAUUAUUUUUAAAGAUAACGUUUUUUGUGGUGAGACGACAAAAAGGUAAAAGGACAACCAUACAUACUACACUUUUCCCCCCUUAAAAAUACUACGCCAAAUUAAAAGUAAAUACCUGACUAUAAUAAAUCAAGCUUUCUGUAUAUCUUAAUAAAAACAAAGUUACCUCUUUUCUAAACUAUUUUAAAAUUAUAUGUAACAGUAAUAUCGUCGUUGCUCUCUGGACAUCUAAGUUCUACUCUAUUUAAACUUGUAGAUAUUAAGAGAUACUAUUUAUAUUAUUUUAUAGACCUGUUUCAUUAAGACACUGUGGUGGUACGAGUCGGUUGCGCAACCAAAGGAUAAUCUCACUUCGCCUUAAGUCUUUGACUGACAAUAGAAAACUGUUUAAAGGUACGCGUCUACAGGCCCGCAUCGUACGCAUCGCACGUAACGGAUUUUAGUUUGUCUUGUAUAGAAAUUCUUACAGCUGCGUCCACUGAUCCGCAAUGCCUACAUGCGAUGCGUACUGAUGACGUCAUACGGAAUGCGUACGAUGACGGGCCUGUGGACGCUUACCUUUAGGUGGCAUUUAACGUGUUAAUUUGAUAAAUGGCUUUUAAACGCUAUUUAGCAUAAGUUUUGACAUAAUUGUUGAAUGCCAGGGUUAAUUAUUCCAUAUACGUAGUUACUCUUAAGCCUCGUAUUCAUGGUAAACAUUUUGCUUAGCAACAGUUGAUCAACGUUGUUGAUGAAUAGCGAGAAUGCUGCUAGAAACUUUUUUAAACUAAUCUAAACUGAUGUUUCGCUCGCCGGGCGUCAACUCUGUUGCAUGGCGCGAUCAACUCCGCAACACAAGUGUUGCCCUUCAUUGAAUUGAAUUCUCUUCAUUUGUUCAACCAGCAUUUGAAUGCUAUUUGUCUAACUAAUUUGAGACCAACCAGCGUUAACUUAGGUAGUUGCGUUACCUAUGGGAACCUAUGGGAUAUACGAUGGGAACCAAACCAACCUACCAACGGUUGUUCUGGUGAAAUCACGAUAUCGUGUCUGGUUCUGCGACCAUAGUGUCCUAAUGGAAGUAGGGCUCAUAAAGAUAAGGUACCUACGGACAUUCCUAUGAAGCACUGUUUUAUUAAACCUAAAGCUAAGGGCCUAAGGCUAAACUUGUUAAUUUUGCUACGUUUUUUUUACAACUGUUUUGAGAUAAAUGUACCUAUUCAGGCUUUUGUAGGUAGUAACAAUUUAUUUAUUUAUACAGUUUGUAUUUUUUAUAUGACGUAUUUACAAAUAUCUAUACUGGUGUUGUAUAUGUUACUGGAAAAUAAAAUUUCAUAGGAAAUUUAUAAGUUCCUAUACAUAUAACUGUUAUUUUCCAGUGCCAUAUAUUUAACUUGAUAAGUAAAAUGAAUGUGACUGUCAGUGUCUUAAAAGUACCUAUAUCAAGGAGUGUAACCGUUUCAGUAUGAAAUUAGGUAAAACGACUAAAUAUAAUGAAAUGCAGACGAAUGUAUUACACAUAUAAUAUUAUACAUUUCUAUUUAUUAUGUAAAUGUGUAUACCUAAGUAACUACUACAAACACUAUUUAAAUUAAAAUUAUACAUUGAAGGAUA